CAAUAGUAUGGCACGGAGGGCGGAGACGUGUUGCCACUUCCUAGGACGCUGCAGCGAGUGAGUGGGGGGUUGGUGAGGGCGCACCUGACAGGAGGAGUUGUCGGUGUACAGAGGACAGUGCCGGUCAGCUUGUGUGCCCAGCUCUGCCAACACAGGACCGCAGGAGCCCGCUCCCUUCUCACACAGGCACGACGGGCCCUGUGUGCUCCUGCACAGAGCCAUGUCCAGCCAGGAGAGACAGGUGCAGACAACAGGUGAUGAGAGGAGAGCGCCAGCAGAGGGCCCCGACCCCGGGGGAGCCAUGGCUCUAGGCCCAGGGGUGCCCAUACGAGGGAUCCGCAUGAAGUUCGCUGUGCUCACUGGAUUGCUGGAGGUCGGGGAAGUCACCACCAGAGACCUGGUGGACACCGUGUUCAACCUGCUUGUAGGGGGACAGUUUGAUCUCGAGAUGAAUUUCAUCAUUCAGGAAGGAGACAGCAUCUUCUGCAUGGUUGAAUUGUUGGACAAAUGUGAUGUCACCUGCCAAGCAGAAAUCUGGAGCAUCUUUACAGCCAUUCUGAAGAAGAGUAUUCGCAAUCUUUUGGUCUGCACAGAAGUUGGUUUGGUUGAACUGGUUUUAAACAGAAUUGACAAAGUUGACGGCAUGAUAGCAGAUCUGCUGGUGGACAUGUUGGGGGUUUUGGCAAGCUAUAGUCUUACCGUCCGUGAAUUAAAAUUGUUUUUUAGUAGGCUCCAAGGAGAAAAGGGACAAUGGCCUCCACAUGCAGUAAAGCUCUUGUCAGUGUUAAAGCACAUGCCUCAGAAAUAUGGUCCUGAUGCCUUUUUCAACUUCCCUGGAAAGAGUGCUGCAGCCAUUGCCUUACCUCCAAUUGCUAAAUGGCCAUACCAGAAUGGCUUCACUUUUCACACUUGGCUGAGAAUGGAUCCAAUAAACAAUAUAAACGUUGACACAGCAAAGCCCUAUUUGUAUUGUUUCAGAACAAACAAAGGACUUGGUUAUUCUGCCCAUUUUGUUGGUGGCUGCCUUAUCGUCACAUCCAUUAAGUCAAAGGGAAAAGGCUUCCAGCAUUGUGUGAAGUAUGACUUCAAGCCACAGAAGUGGUACAUGGUAUCAAUUGUCCAUAUCUAUAAUCGAUGGAAAAACAGUGAAUUGCGCUGUUAUGUGAAUGGAGAACUAGCUUCGUAUGGCGAGAUAACUUGGUUUGUCAACACAAGUGAUACGUUUGACAAGUGUUUCCUUGGGUCUUCUGAAACAGCUGACGCUAACAGAGUGUUUUGUGGGCAGAUGGCUGCUGUAUACCUUUUUAGUGAAGCACUCAAUGCUGCUCAAAUUUUUGCAAUUUAUCAGCUGGGCCCCUCAUACAAGGGUACAUUUAAGUUCAAGGCAGAGAGUGACCUUUUUCUUGCCGAGCACCACAAAUUGUUGCUGUAUGAUGGCAAGCUGUCCAGUUCAAUUGCCUUCACAUAUAACCCACGAGCUACAGAUGCUCAGCUUUGCCUGGAAUCAUCUCCUAAAGAUAACACCUCAAUAUUUAUUCACUCCCCCCAUGCCCUGAUGCUUCAGGAUGUCAAGGCUGUUCUGACACACUCUAUUCAAAGUGCAAUGCACUCCAUUGGAGGAGUCCAGGUUCUCUUCCCUCUUUUUGCUCAGCUGGAUUACAAGCAGCAUGGUUCUGAUCAAAUUGACACAUCAGUCUGUUCAACACUUUUGUCCUUCAUUUUGGAGCUGCUGAAAAACUCUCUCGCUAUGCAAGAACAGAUGCUGUCUUCAAAGGGCUUCCUUGUAAUAGGAUACAGUCUUGAGAAGUCUUCCAAAACACAUGUUACCAGAACAGUACUUGAUCUCAGCCUUGCAUUUUCAAAAUACCUGAGCACUUUGCACAAUGGAGUCCCCUUACUGAAACAGCUCUGUGACCACAUUCUUCUGAACCCAGCGAUAUGGAUCCAUACACCAGCAAAGGUACAAUUGGCCUUGUAUACCUACAUGUCUACGGACUUCAUCAGCACAGUUAAUAUCUACAAUGCAGUGCGGCGAAUCGGCACUGUUCUCCUGGUGAUGCACACACUAAAGUACUACUACUGGAUUGUUAACCCCCAGGACCGAAGUGGAAUCAUUCCUAAAGGGUUGGAUGGACUUCGGCCUAACCAAAAGGAGAUCCUUUCUCUCAGAGCAUUUCUGCUCAUUUUCAUCAAACAGUUGGUAAUGAAGGAUUAUGGCGUGAAAGAAGAUGAACUGCAGGCAAUUCUGAAUUAUUUGCUCACAAUUCAUGAGGAUGACAACUUGAUGGAUGUUUUGCAAUUGCUUGUUGCACUGAUGUCUGAGCACCCAAGCUCCAUGAUUCCAGCUUUUGAUCAGAGAAAUGGAUUAAGGGUGGUUUAUAAACUGCUGGCAUCAAAGGGUGAAGGAAUACGGGUUCAAGCUUUGAAAGUCCUGGGAUACUUUCUGAAGCAUUUGUCUCCAAAGAGGAAAGUUGAAGUUAUGCAGGCUCAUGGAUUAUUCUCUCUCCUGGCUGAGAGGCUGAUGCUAGAGGCAAAAACCAUCACAGUCACAACAUACAAUGUGUUGUUUGAGAUUCUUAUUGAACAGAUUAGCACUCAGGUGAUACAUAAGCAACAUCCUGACCCUGAUUCAUCAGUCAAGAUACAAAAUCCUUUGAUCUUAAAAGUUAUAGCCACUCUACUGCGGAACUCUCCUCAAACUCAAGAAGUCAUGGAAGUAAGACGGAUGUUCCUGUCAGACAUGAUAAAGCUUUUUAAUAACAGCAGAGAGAACAGAAGGAGCUUGCUCCAGUGCUCUGUGUGGCAGGAGUGGAUGCUGUCGCUAUGUUACUUUAAUCCCCAAAACGUUGAGGAACAGAAGAUCACAGAAAUGGUCUAUGCCAUCUUCCGCAUCCUUCUUUAUCACGCCGUGAAGUAUGAAUGGGGUGGAUGGCGUGUUUGGGUGGAUACAAUCUCUAUCACACAUUCCAAGGUCACUUUUGAAAUGCAUAAGGAAAGCUUGGCUCAGGCAUUCAGAGACUACGAAGGUCAAGUUGAUGAUGAAAUAGGACCCGGACCCUCAAGCCCAAUACGCACCGUUUCUGGAAACAGCAGAACAUUUGAGAGCAGGCCUCAGACUCCACCUUUGGAACUCACAGAGGCGCCAUUAAAUAUAGAUAAUUCGCUACCUGGUGAAACUGUAGAAACAGAAGAGAGAGAUGAAGGGGAAGACAACAAUUCUCAUAAAGAAAACCUGAAACAAAAAGAUGGUGAAGAUUUUGCAGAAGUUGAUCUAACAGAAAAUCAAAAUGAGGUUCAUGUAGAUGAACAAGCUACUAGUAUGCAAGAGCAUACACCUAGCCUUGUCCUUCCUUCAAAUGAGAGUGAGGAUAUAGGGGUUAAUUGUAUUGUGGCUGAUACAGAUGGUUCUACAGAGAGUUUAACAAAAGAACUGGAUGAUGGGGAAAUCAAAUCAAAUGAAUAUUUGAAUGAAGGAGUGCAGAGUUCAGACUUAUCACUAAAGGUUGAGACUUCAGUUCAGAGUGAAAGCUUAGAAGCACAGGAGAAGGCCACCUACACUGAAACUAGUAGUGAAUUAGAAAGUUCACAGGUAGUGUGCGCUAAUAUUCCUGACACGUUGAAUGUACAUUCCAGCAUAGUUUCUACAGACACUAUACCACAGGAGAGUGCCAUUCAAGAAGUCAUUACAGCACCAUCUUUGCCCACGGAAAAUGUUGAAUCUUCAGUACCUAUAGAGGAAGGUGCAGUUUCUAGCAGUACAAAUGGCUCAAAUGAUAUUGGGGAUAAAAAAAGCAGCACCAUGGAUGCUCAGAGCUCUGAUAAAAAAAUUGCCAAGCUUGAUGUGUCAAGUAUUGCUUCUGAUACUGAAAACUUAGAACUAAAAGCCAGUUCAAACGGUGAAUCGGAUCAACCUCUGAAAGUGUUACAUGAGGAAGCUGUUAAGCAGCCAGCAGUACAUGAGAUGAACCGAAUGACUUCCUCUGACAGCCAGAGAAGAGAUUCUAGAUCUACAAUGUUUCGAAUUCCGGAGUUUAAAUGGUCAAUAAUGCAUCAGCGGCUACUAACGGACCUUUUAUUUUCCAUAGAAACUGAUAUUCAAAUGUGGCGAAGUCACUCAACAAAGACAAUAAUGGACUUUGUGAACAGCAGCGAUAAUGUUAUUUUUGUACAUAAUACAAUCCACCUUCUAUCUCAAAUAACGGACAACAUGAUUAUGGCGUGUGGUGGUAUAUUACCAUUACUUUCUGCUGCAACCUCUACUACUCAUGAACUGGAAAAUAUUGAACCUACCCAAGGUCUUUCUAUAGAAACAGCUAUAACAUUCCUUCAGAGAGCAAUAAGUCUUGUAGAUGUCCUUAUUUUUGCAAGUUCAUUGGGCUUUACAGAUAUUGAAGCUGAAAAAAAUAUGUCAUCUGGGGGCAUCUUACGGCAGUGCCUUCGAUUAGUUUGUGCGAUUGCUGUUAGAAAUUGUCUGGAGUGUCAGCAGCACUUGCAAUUAAAAUCCACAGGAGAAAAUAUGAAAAACCAGAAGGCAAUUCAUGGCCUGGUGGGAAUAGCAAAGUCUGCUGCAAAGAGUCCAGUUGACAUACUGACAGGUGGAAUUUCUCCCGUCCGAGACUAUGACAGGCUUCUACAGGACAUGGAUAUUAACAGACUGCGAGCUGUGGUCUUCAGAGAUGUGGAGGACAGUAAGCAGGCCCAAUUUCUAGCACUGGCUGUUGUCUACUUCAUCUCUGUGCUCAUGGUAUCUAAAUAUCGGGACAUCCUGGAGCCUCAGAAUGAGAGAAAGCAGUUUCAUGCCAGCACCCCUUCCGAGCAUGUGGAAAAUGGCAGUGCUGAUGCUGGAACAUCAGAUUCUCUACCCAGUACCAUGCCAGCAGCUUCAGAGGAUUUGGAGAGCUCUAUAUCUGUAAGAAGAAGAGACUCUGGUAUUGGUGAAGAACCAAUUUUGGUGUCCGGUUGUAAUUCAGAGACGGGAGCUGGAACUGAUCCUGUGAGUUCAGGACCAGAUGCAAUUAGUGAAGUAUUGCAUACCCUGUCUUCGGAAGUCAGAAAACCUAAUGAUACUGUAGGUGAUGGGAAUGGAGAACAGUCCACUACCAAGAAUGUGAAUGUAAAAGACAUUCUUCGGAGCCUGGUGAGCUCUUCAGCUGAAGAAUCCCUUGUUGACCCAACUUUAUUACCCCCCACGUUCCUAGGAGCACUUGGUGACCCUGCUGCUGAGCAUUCAGUACAGUUCCGAUCAUUUGACAGGAGUGUCGUUAUAGCACAGAAGAAAACUGCUCCUGUUGCGGCUACUGUUGGGCCUGUCCCUCAAGCAGUCAGUGUGGUAUCAUCCUUAGAAGCCUCUCAGUCUGCAGAAGCUGACAAAGACUCAUCAGGUAGUGGAUCUUCUAAUUCAAAACUGCCAUCUGUCCAAGCUGUUGCAUCUGUUCCAGAAGAUUCUGCAUCUCACAUGAGUAUUACAGAAAGACUGGAGCAUGCUUUGGAGAAGGCUGCACCACUGCUGAGGGAAAUCUUUGUGGAUUUUGCACCAUUUCUGUCUCGCACUCUUUUGGGUAGCCACGGCCAAGAGCUGCUUAUAGAAGGAACAAGUUUGGUUUGCAUGAAGUCCAGCAGCUCUGUGGUCGAGUUGGUGAUGCUUUUGUGCUCUCAGGAAUGGCAAAAUUCUAUUCAGAAGAAUGCUGGCCUUGCUUUUAUUGAACUAGUUAAUGAAGGAAGACUGCUGAGCCAAACUAUGAAAGACCACCUGGUAAGGGUAGCAAACGAAGCUGAAUUUAUCCUGAGUAGACAGCGAGCAGAAGAAAUACACAGGCAUGCAGAGUUUGAGUCAAUUUCUGCACAGUAUUCUGCAGACAAGAGAGAAGAUGAAAAGAUGUGUGACCAUUUAAUAAGGGCAGCCAAGUAUAGAGAUCAUGUGACAGCAACCCAACUCGUACAAAAAAUUAUCAAUAUUCUCACAGAUAAACAUGGAGCUUGGGGAAGUUCUUCAUCAAACCGUCCCCGGGAAUUCUGGCGCCUUGACUACUGGGAAGAUGACUUGAGGCGCCGUCGACGAUUUGUACGGAACCCCCUUGGUUCAACACAUCGUGAAGCGACACUUAAAGCUGCCAUAGAUCAUGAUCGAGAAGACGAUGCCCUUGUGAAAGGAAAACAAUCCAUCAGGAGCCAAGUUGUGGGAAGUCAAAACGUAGAGAGUGAUAGCCUUUUGGAAGUGGAUGAUGACACUUUGUCUUCACUGGAGGAGAAGGACCUUGAAAACGCGACAGGUCCGGUGAGCCUGAGCACUCCUGCUCAAUUAAUAGCUCCCUCCAUUGUGAUGAAGGGUACUCUGUCCGUCACAUCCUUCGAGCUUUACUUUGAGGUGGAUGAAGAUGAUCCCAACUUUAAGAAAAUCGAUCCAAAGAUUUUGGCCUACACUGAGGGAGUGCAUGGAAAAUGGCUCUUCACAGAAAUCCGUGCCGUAUUCUCAAGGCGAUAUCUUUUGCAGAACACAGCCCUGGAAAUAUUCAUGGCAAACAGAGUUGCAGUCAUGUUCAACUUUCCGGACCAAUCUACAGUGAAAAAAGUAGUUCACUGCCUCCCCAGAGUUGGAAUCGGCACGAAUUUUGGGCUUCCUCAAACCAGGCGCAUCUCCCUAGCUACUGCUCGGCAGAUAUUUAAAGCAUCAAAUAUGACUCAGCGUUGGCAGCACAGAGAAAUUUCAAACUUUGAAUACUUGAUGUUUCUAAACACAAUAGCUGGACGGACCUACAAUGACUUAAAUCAGUAUCCAGUAUUUCCUUGGGUCAUCACAAACUAUGAAUCAGAAGAGCUGGACCUUACUCUUCCAAGCAAUUUUAGAGACUUGUCCAAGCCUGUUGGAGCACUGAACCCAAAGCGAGCAGCCUUCUUUGCAGAGCGCUAUGAAUCAUGGGAGGAUGAUCAAGUUCCAAAGUUUCACUAUGGCACCCAUUACUCUACUGCUAGCUUUGUACUGAGCUGGCUUUUAAGAAUUGAACCGUUUACAACAUCCUUCCUGAAUUUCCAAGGUGGAAAAUUUGACCAUGCAGAUAGAGCAUUUUCUUCAGUUUCAAGGGCAUGGCGUAACUGUCAGAGAGACACCUCCGAUAUCAAGGAGCUCAUUCCUGAAUUCUACUACCUCCCAGAGAUGUUUGUCAACAUGAAUAACUACAACCUUGGUGUAAUGGAUGAUGGCACAGUUGUUUCUGAUGUUGAACUUCCACCAUGGGCAAAGUCUCCUGAAGAGUUUGUUCGUAUAAGUAGACUGGCCUUGGAAAGUGAGUUUGUGUCUUGCCAGCUCCACCAAUGGAUUGAUCUUAUAUUUGGCUACAAGCAGCAAGGACCAGAAGCUGUUCGAGCACUGAAUGUGUUCUAUUACCUUACCUAUGAGGGGGCUGUGAAUCUGAGUUCCAUAACAGAUCCUAUCCUGAGAGAGGCUGUGGAGGCCCAGAUCCGGAGUUUUGGACAGACCCCAUCACAGCUGUUAAUAGAGCCACAUCCUCCCAGGAGCUCAGCCAUGCAGGUGUAUCUCCUCCUGCAGAGUCCACUGAUGUUUACAGACCAAGCUCAGCACGAUGUCAUUAUGGUUCUGAAGUUUCCCUCCAACUCUCCGGUUACUCACGUUGCUGCGAAUACUCAGCCUGGAUUGGCCAGUCCUGCAGUCAUAACUGUCACAGCUAACAGGCUGUUUGCUGUAAACAAGUGGCAUAGUCUUCCUGCCCAUCAAGGUGCAGUUCAGGACCAGCCGUACCAGUUGCCAGUGGAGAUCGAUCCUCUCAUAGCAAACAACACAGGAAUGCACAGGCGACAAAUCUCUGACCUUUUAGACCAAAGCAUCCAGGUGCAUUCUCAGUGUUUUGUCAUAACAGCGGACAACCGGUUCAUUUUAGUCUGCGGCUUUUGGGACAAAAGUUUCCGUGUUUAUUCUACUGACACGGGAAAACUGACUCAGGUGGUGUUUGGACACUGGGAUGUUGUGACUUGCCUGGCUCGAUCAGAGUCAUAUAUUGGAGGCGACUGUUACAUUCUCUCAGGAUCACGGGAUGCUACGCUGCUGCUGUGGUACUGGAAUGGAAAAAACAAUGGCAUUGGAGACAAUCCAAACAAUGAAUUUGCUACUCCUCGGGCAAUCCUGACUGGUCAUGACUGUGAAAUCACCUGUGCUACAGUUUGUGCAGAACUUGGCUUAGUGAUCAGUGGCUCCAAAGAAGGUCCAUGUCUGAUACAUUCUAUGAAUGGAGACCUUCUGAGAACGCUAGAGGGUCCAGAAAACUGUAUGCGACCAAAAGUUAUUCAGGCCUCAAGAGAAGGGCAUUGUGUUAUAUACUAUGAACGCGGCCUUUUCUGUGUGUUCAGUGUAAAUGGGAAACUUCAGGCCACAAUGGAGAUGGAAGACAAUACACGGGCAAUCCUGUUGAGUCGUGAUGGACAGUACCUUCUCACAGGAGGGGACAGUGGAGUUCUCAUGGUAUGGCAAGUGUGUGACAUGAAGCAACUAUUUGCCUAUCCAGGCUGUGAUGCUGGCAUCCGAUCCAUGGCCCUGUCUUAUGACCAAAGGUGCAUUAUUACUGGCAUGGCAUCUGGAAGUAUUGUACUAUUCUACAAUGACUUUAACCGCUGGCACCAUGAAUAUCAGACAAGAUACUAAUACCAGGGAACAUAGCGAAUUGAUGCACUGAUACAUCUCCCUUCCUGCAGGCUGUCCCAGCCAUCUGCCACUGCAUAGGUCCUUAUAAAUGGCUCUAUUACAUCUGAAUGUAAUUUCAAUGAAAUUCAAAUCUGCAAACUAUUUUUAGAGUUAAUUGCUAUUUUUGUAGACCUUGCUUUUUUUUGUGGUGAUGAGAAACAAGCAGAAGCGUAAAGGCUGCUGGAAUUCUGUAGUAAAACAAAUAUAUAUAAAUAAAUAUAUAUUUUUAGUCCUAAGGAGAAGUUUAUUUUCAUCUGUGUAUUUGGGAAACACGUUUCAAAUGGUGACUGAAUAAUACCAGCUGGCUGUACUGCCAGCCAGGCUUAGCAUUUUUCUGAUUUUGAUUUUAACUAAGUGGAUAAGGGUUUUUUCAAGGGCAUUUUAAACUGCUACCUUUCUUAUAUUUUAUGCCAUUCUACAGUACUUUUCUCUUUGUUUUCUAAUGAUUGUAAUAUCAAAGCACUGAAAUAUUGUCAAGUGACUUGUAAAAACUAUAGUUUAUAAUCAUUUAUUGGAACUGAUACAUUUUGAAGUAAUUUAUGCAUUUGAGUGCCCAAGCAGUUUUAGGAAAACAUUAGAAAUUCUUCUGAUAAAAUUAUUAUUUAAUUAUUGUGAACAGGCAAUGUGAUUCUCUACAUAAAUAGCAGAACAUCCAUACAAAAUAAUGGUCCUUAGAGUAUUCCCUGGGACAUGGCUGCUCACUUAGUUCAGAGGUGUCUUAAAGUUGGGAUGGUCAUCAAAACCCUGCUGCACACUCCCCCUGUGCUGCACAUUUGGUUGAAUUAUGGCAUGCAUCCAAGUGCCUUAGUACUGCUGGGGGUCUGACAUAUUGUUGGUUACCAGUCAAUCAAAUUGCAUAGUAGGAGGAUGUGCAGUUCAUUCAGCCUCUUUUUACCCUGGAGGCAGCUCGUCAUGACUGAUAACUUGGAAGGGUUUUGAUGACCAGCUUAAAUUUAACAAACUCUACUGAAACUUUCAGAGAGGCCAAUAGAAAUAAAGCAGGGUACACUCUUUUUGGGGAACAGACAGCUACCAUUUAUUAUGCAGAAAAUUCAAAUUAAUACUUCUAAGACUCAUUUAAAAAAUAAAAUGCAAAAUUAGAGCGGAGAUGUUACUUAUAGUGACUAAUCAGCUACCUGUUGUUAUAUUUGCUGGCAGGUAAGAAUACUUAUUUUGUUGGCACCACCAGUUUUUCAUUUCUCUGAUUUUUCCAGUUCUCCCUUAAAUUAACUCCAUAAAGUAGAAAUUGGUAUAAUAUCUUUUUUAUUUUUAAAAGGAAAGUGGUCAUGAGACAAACUUGAAGGCUACCACUGCUUACCUCCUCUACUGAAAAUGCUUGUUACCUGACCUAUAAGAAGUAUGCAGCCUUUCUGCAUACUAGUUCUAGUAAGGACUCAUGGGACCACCAUAACUGCCAGGCAACUAGCAGGUAUCAUGACAGGUAAACUCAACAAGCCUAGAGCCAGUGCAUGAUUCAGCCUCUGCAUUUUAGAUUUGUUAAGUUAAUAAAAGUUUCCCAAAGAAAGGCCUUAAUUUUUCAAUUCUGGUUUAUGGCUUUUGUGUGCACUUGGCACUGUCUAGUGAGAUCAAUCCAAGAAGUCAGUGGAGCUGAUGUUGCUUCACUCAUAGAGGUAUUUCUUUACAUUUGUAUUUGACGUUGAUAUAUAUCAGUGCAUACAAGGCAUCUUAAAAUGUUUAACAGGUGACAUGCAUUUUUCUUAUGUUAUAGGUUGUAUAUCUAAGGACCACAGUCAUAUUUUACUCUUGUCUACAUUUUCUAGAUCAGUCAGUCCGGGUUACUAUUUCCUGCUAGUUCUAGAACCAAAUCAUGUUUAUAAAAUAGUUUGUAAACCCUGUUUGGCUUAAUACACCUUAACAGGUCUAAAGUAAUAAUGUAAACUAAAAAAAAAUUGUUGUUACCUAGUCUUACUUUUCUACAAGAUUGCUGUGGAGAAUUCUGUGAAGCUAUAUUUGUGAAGAAAAAAAUACUGUAUUGUUUCAUAAGUCUGUAUUGCAUAAAGAUUUGUUUGUGAUUUGUGAUCUGUCUGUGGGCUGCACCCAUUUUCCUGUUUCUGGGCCCAGGAUUUGUCUCCUUAAUGGUACAGCUCACCAUUUUGUAUUCAUUCAGUGACAAUCUUUCAUUAGCUCAAGUGUGGGAUGAAGUAAGUUUGAAUGGAAAAAAUAAAACACGAUUUGUAAUUCUAAA